GUGUUUUCCGCAGUGCCAAGCGUUGAACAUCGUGGGCGCUGAGGGUGGCUUGCUUCGAUUGAUCGAGUGGAGUGCUGUUCUGUGGUGGACUUUUGGAUUCGGCCUACUGUGGCUGGUGCGGGGCCAAGUUCUGAAUGGAAAAAGUGCUGAAAUCGACUAACAUUAGGUCUGUAACGUGAACACAGGUGCCUGCUUGGAUGUGUGUUUGUGUGCACUAGCCAAUUACAGAGUGUUUGUGCAAAAAUUGUGUUUUUUGGAGGAUAAUUCUGGAAGACGUCAGUGAAAUUUGGCCUUUCCACAGUUGGUCAGCACUUUUUUGCGCCGUCGUUGAAACAGUUCACUGGAAAAAGAAUAAUAAAGUGUAGUGAUUGAUGUGAUUGAGUGAAAAUCUGGCAAAACGAUCAAUCGGAAGCUAGUGGUUCUGAAAAUUUAAGAUCAGCCAAGUCUCCACACGACGCUCGAUUUCGCACGCGCUCCAAGAAGAUUGUACAAAUCUGCGGUCAACCGCAGCCUACUUGGACUUGAACCUCCGGUUUUUGUCCUGCUGCAAGCGGGCUAGUGUUUCUGCGGUUACCACCGAGAACCGUUAAAUAGCAUUCAUCAAAAGUGUAUGAGAUCUUCAACAUGUUCAAACUUGCCGCAGUUGUGCUGAUCUUCAGCUUGGUGGAAGCUAACCGCUUCCGUUCAGAGUACCCCGGACCGUACUGCGCCUCGCGGCGUUACGACAAAUGCUGCCACGAUCGACAGGACGGCUGUGCACAGCCUAUUUCUACGACCCUCUGCUACUGUGACGAGUUCUGCGAGCGUGGCGACCACGGCGAUUGCUGUCCGGACUACGAGGAGGUCUGUCUGGGGAUAGUUCCGCCGGAACCACUGCAGGAGGCCUGUAGCCACAAGGGUCACAGCUUCACGCCGUUCGAUCCGCCGGUUGUGGACAACUGUAACACUUGCAAAUGUCAAAACGACGGCACGGUCAGCUGCACGGACGACGUCUGCCUGGUGGACGACGCGCUGCUCCGGCAGCUGCACCACCUGGAACGCUCGAUCGGCUGGCAGGCGACGAACUACAGCGAAUGGUGGGGCCACAAGUACGACGAGGGUAAGACCUUCCGGCUGGGCACGUUCUACCCCAAGUUCAAGGUCAAGUCGAUGAGCCGGCUGACCAACGGCCAGGAGCAUCUGCCGACGCACUUUGACGCCACCACGUACUGGCCGGGCUUCAUCGGGGAGGUCAAGGAUCAAGGAUGGUGCGGAUCUUCCUGGGCUCUUUCGACCGCUUCCGUUGCAUCGGAUCGCUUCGCCAUCCUAUCUAAGGGUCGCGAGAUCGUACAACUCGCCCCACAGCAGAUCAUCUCGUGCGUCCGAAGAAGUCAGGGUUGCAGUGGAGGACACCUGGAUACCGCCUGGAACUACGUCCGGAAAGUUGGAACCGUCAACGAUGAGUGCUACCCGUACAUCUCCGCUCAGAACGCGUGCAAGAUCCGCCCGUCGGACACGCUGAUCACCGCCAACUGUGAUCUGCCCACGAAGGUGGACCGCACCAACAUGUACAAGAUGGGACCGGCCUUCAGCCUGAACAACGAAACCGACAUCAUGAUCGAGAUCAAGAAGCACGGACCGGUGCAAGCCAUCCUGCGCGUCCACCGGGACUUCUUCUCGUACAAGAGCGGAAUCUACCGCCACUCGGCGGCCUCGUCGGCGGGAGAUGAGCGCGCCGGGUACCACUCAGUGCGGCUGAUCGGCUGGGGAGAGGAGCGCAACGGCUACGAAACGACCAAGUACUGGGUCGCCGUCAACUCGUGGGGCCGCUGGUGGGGCGAGAACGGUCGCUUCCGGAUCGUCCGCGGCCAGAACGAGUGCGAAAUCGAGAGCUACGUGCUGGCGUCGCUGCCGUACGUGCACCAGCAGGUCAAACCGAUGCGGCAGGUCGGCGAGCUACAGGAGAUGAUCGUCGGAACCGGGUACGUUCCGCAUCCGAGCCGGCGGUACCCGCCGUACGGUCGCCGGUCCGGUUGAGCGCCGCGUCACGUGCCACGGAGAGAAAAUGUACAGUAUUAACUAUUAGGAAGAAGAAAAAAAGUGAAGCAGCACCCUUUGACAGCUGCGUAUUUACUCCAACAAAAAGGCAAAAAGAAUGUUUCGAAUCGUGAAAAAACGAAAAAACUGCCCAAUUUCAUGUCCGACAAGCGAACGACGACCGACGUUUCGAAGAGCACUAGUCGACGAAUGCAAAGCAAUAAAAAAAAACAAUGUAUUCAGCAAAAAGUGUUCAAAUUCUCAACAAGUCAAAAAAAAAAACAAUUUCGCGUGUAGGGUUCCGCUAGUGUUAAGGAUAACGGUUAAGCUUCCAAACCCAGCAGCUUUGCUCUGUGUAAAAAUUCUAUGGUGCCAAAUUUGAUUGAUAUAUCAGUGUCUUGCACAGUGCGAGACGAAAUGUGUAGAAUCUAAAUUCCAUGAUGAACGUUUGUAGCACGUCUGCGGACGAUUGAAAACCCCCUUUCUUGCUCCCUUUCUUUCUUUCUGUUGUAGUGUUUUUAGAGUAUAUAAUAUGUAAACAUAGAUAUAUUAUAUUUAAACCCAAGUCGAGACAGAUUAGUAGUUUUAUGUAAAUCUCCAACGUUGUAUCGUACUUUUAUUUGUUUAAAUAAAUGUGUUCAGAAACGGA